UAAGACGUUAUCUACGAUUCGUAAAGGUGACGGGAAAGGCGUCUGUGACAAUGGCGUGUAUACUACGGCUAGGUGCUGUAUUGGCAGCCAUAGUAUUGCACGUGAUUCAAGGAUGUCCGAACGGCUGGGAAUCAUUUGAUGAUUCCUGUUACUUUGUGUCAGACAUGAGAGAAGAUUGGUCAGCCGCAUCGAACACAUGCCGCCUGUACCAUGCUCAUCUUGUCGAGAUCGAAAAUGAACACGAGGAUAACUACUUGAAACAAAUCAUCACCAAAUAUCACUAUGGACAAGUACAUGAUAGAUACUUUUGGUUGGGUGGAACCGAUUCAUUUGUUGAGUCAGACUGGAAAUGGAUUGAAAGCGACAAACGUUUAACUUAUACCAACUGGCUUCCGGGCGAGCCAAAUGAUCACCAUGGCGAGGAUUGCCUAGUAGCGGAGCUGAGUGGUUCUCGCUUCUUUUGGAGAGAUCAGGAAUGCACUUCGAAAUUCAACUUUGUUUGUGAGAUCGGUGGUGAUUCUAGUGGAAGUGGAAUCGUUAUAGGAUGAAACUUGUCCACAUCACUUCAGUAAAAUCUCAUUUGUUGUAUUAAUCUGAACAGAAUAAAUUUCUCACCUGACGACG